UUUCCAUCAUUACACCUUCACUUCACAGUUCACAUAGCUCACUCAGUCUCUGAAGCUAUUCUCCUUCACCUUUUUUCUCCAUUUGUUCUUCCACUCUUUUCACAGUAUUGAGCUCUUUCGGUUCGUAGUCGUCGUGGACACCAACACCGGCACUUGCUAUCAACAUGGAAUCCCGCAAGAGGCGUAAAUCCAAUAAGGGUCAAGACAUGAUAAGUAACCUCCCUGACUUCAUUAUUGGUCGCAUUCUUUCUUUGCUUCCUACAAAAGAUGCAGUCCGUACAAGUGUUUUAUCCAAGAAUUGGACAUACAAAUGGACAUUCAUCACUGAUCUACACUUUGAAGAUAAAGGGCGCUAUUCUAACAGGAUAGUAAGGAGAAGUUUAUUUUUGAGCUUUGUGCACAGAGUACUACUUUAUCUGAAUAGCUCAAGCAUCCAGAGUUUCUCACUUACUAUAUCAGAGAAGUAUGAACCUUGCCAUGUGGAUCAUUGGAUAUCUGCUGUUGUAAGCCGGAGAGUCAAAAAGCUUUGCAUCUAUUCAAAGAAGGAACAAGCCUUUUCCUCUCAUUCCCUUAUGAAAUACAAGUCCUUAGAGGAACUGGUGCUAAAUGUGUAUCAUUGUGAGAUUGGUUUUCCCACAUUUGCUCUUUUCUCAUCCCUUACAGUCCUGAAUUUGUCUGGAAUCCAGUUUAGUGAUAUCUCUUCUAACAAAUCUGGAAAGGUUCACCUUAAUUUCCCAGUUCUGAGAACCUAUAAGACAAAUAAUUGUUCAUGGUCAUCAAGUCUAAAGUAUGUCACUUUAGAAGUACCUCUGCUUGAAGUGGUUUCAAUAGAUGAUGAGUCUUCAUAUGAGGAUUUUUCUUAUCCUGCCAUAAAGUUUUGUGCUUCACGUCUUACCAAAUUCACUUAUUAUGGUUAUCCAUCAAUUUGUUUGAUCUAUCUGCAGCACAUAUUGCUUCUGCUGAUGUUAAUUUUAGUUUCAAGAAUGAAAGUUUGCAAGAAAUUAUGGCUCUGUCUAGCAAGAUUCUGAAGCAAUUUCAAAAUGUGGAAUGUUUGCAGUUUCAUAAGUGGUCGGACGAGGUGAUGCUAGCAAAAGAUUCAUUGGUGGAUCUUCCUGGGUUUGAAAUGUUAGCUCAUCUUGAGCUUGGAAAAGUUACUGGGGAAAUUCUUGUGGCAUUACUUCUAAGAACACCAUAUCUGAAGACUCUUGUUUUUGAUGAACUACUCCGACUUGAUGAAGAACCGUUGAAUUAUGAUGGUGUACCAGACUGUUUUUUAACUACUCUUCAAGUGGUAAAGUUUGGGUAUCUUGAUGGUUCUGAGUAUCAGUUAAGUUUUGCUAAAUUUGUGAUCGAAAAUGCUGUUGCCUUGAAGAUGAUGAGUUUCAGACCUUCCUGGGAGCUUCGCAACUCAAAUUUGGAAGAGGUAAAAGAGAAGCUGUACUCAUUUAAGAAAUGUUGUAGUUUUUUGAGUUUGGAAUUUUCUUAGGUUAAUGGAGGUUUACAAUGUACAAGAUGAAUACAACUUUAUUCCAUGCUUUAUUGUAAAUCAUUUCUGUUCUUCA